AUGUCAACUACCAAUCUGAGGCGCCGACUCCAUCAUGGAGACCUUGAUGGAAGGAAAAAUGAGCAUGUUGACAUAUCCAGUGCUGAUUCCCUUAAUGAAUCUCUAUUAGGGAAGUCCAGCGAUGACAAUUUUGGAUCAGAGGUGUAUGAUCCUAGAAGACAGGACCUGUGGGAUGAUGAUAGAAAGAAAGAACAACUACACUGGUCAUUUCUUUUCUCAAACUUGAUUGCACAAUGGGCACAAUGGUUAGCAAGCAUUAUUGUAAGCUCAGGAUCUAUCUUUGGUAGAUUAUUCCCCUUCUCUUCGGAGAAUCAAAUCAAUCCAGUAUAUCUUAGCCCUCUACAGGAACAAAGGCUGAAUACUUUAAGACGCAGAUUGCAAAUCCCUUUUGAUGGCUCCCGUAUUGAACAUCAAGACGCCUUGAGGCAACUCUGGCGUUUAGCUUAUCCCACUCGUGAGAUUCCACCCCUCAAAUCAGAAUUAUGGAAGGAGAUGGGUUGGCAAGGCAAUGAUCCAUCUACUGAUUUCAGGGGUGGUGGACUCGUAUCGUUGGAGAACCUCAUCUUUUUUGCCAGGAACUACCCUAAUUCAUUUCAGAUGCUUCUGAGCAAAGUGCAAGGGCAGAGAGCAGAUUGGGAGUACCCUUUUGCAGUUGCUGGUAUCAACAUUUCAUUCAUGCUGGUCCAAAUGUUGGAUCUAAAGUCCAGUGUUCCAUCUUCAAAGUAUGGAAUUCGUUUCCGUGAAUUUCUUGAACGGGAUGAGAAUGCCUUUGACCACCUGUACUGUGUAGCCUUUCGGCUGCUUGAUGCUCAGUGGCUUGUGAAACGUGCCUCCUAUAUGGAAUUCAAUGAGGUCUUGAAAUCAACAAGAACUCAGCUGGAGCGCGAACUGGUUCUAGAUGAUGUGCUGGAGGUGAAGGACCUGCCGUCAUACACUAUGCUGGAUGAGUAA